GCAAGAAACAAAGAAUUGUAUGUGAAACUUUGUUAAUGUUUAACAAUUUUGCUAAUAUAUUAUCCGAUAUAAUAUAUAGAGCCUUACUACGAGCAUGUAUAGAGCAGUCAAUCUAUGUAGCCCGACAAUAUACAAGUCAUUAGUUAAUAAACAAACAUUUCUGCCUGUGAGAUUGCAUAAAGAUUCUUAAAUAAUAAAAAAAACAAAGAAAUUGAUAAUUUUUAAUUAAAAACAAUAAAAUUGGAAGUUAACAUUCGAUUAGUAUCGUUUUGAGUCGAUAGUUUGCAAAAAAAAUCAGCUGUUUGCAACACUUGAUUAUUGUUUAAAUUACUAUUUUGAACUGAACUGACGAGAGUGGAAAAAGCUCACUUUGCCCGUGAUAAACGUCUUAAGGAAUGAUUAAGGUCAAUUAAAACCGUGGAGUGGACAAACCUGGGCAGCUGUUAAGCAUGGCAUUUGAAGGUUGCAAUGAUUUUGUGGUGCUCACCGAGGUGGUUCGAAAACAAUAUGUACAUUAUCUGGAGCGCCAGUUGCAGGAGAAUGUCUGCGCCUGGGCAAAGAAGUCAAGGAAUCACCACAAGCCCACUGCGUGGGCCUGCAUUCCCCAGAGCCUGAGCAAGCUAGAGGAAAUGGCUGUCAAAGCCUGCAUGGCUGCUCAGAUCUAUCAGCGAGCCAUGGUCAAGAUGAUAGCCACCGUCAGAAGGAAUACGCAGGAGUGUCGCCUGGCCAACGUUUUAUUCAAAAACAUGCAGCUAAUGGGGCGCGAGGAAAAUACACUGCCAGCAAACUCUGUCCAAUGUUUGGUCGAUAAGGCAACGCAAACCGUAUGCAACGAGCCAUCCAAUGAUAGUUUAAGUCACAGUCAGAGUAAUUCCCAUGGAGAAGAAGACUAUGGCAGCGUCGAGCUGCGCCAGAAAAUCGAUUUGUUUCAGGCCCGACUCGAAAAAUCAGAGGCCAACAAUGAGCAGCUUCCUUGUCGCCGCUGUCGUCAGCUUCGUCGCAACAAGCAUGUUGUCCCGCCGGAGCAGCCGGAAGAGCAGCAGCAGCAGCCAAUGGAGGACGAAGAUGCAGUCGGCAAGGAGUUGGCCCUGCUAUUUGGCGAUGAGAACACCGAUUUAAAUGAAAUCUUCGGGAUUGAGUGCACCGCUGCCACAGACGAGCCUCAGGUAUCGGACAUCCUGGAGGAGCUGCCCAGCAUAGACGAAAGUGAAGAUCCGCCCACGCCCUUGGACUCAGCUGUAGAGCACAGUGAAACGGAUUUACGCACCAGCCGCUGGCCCUGUGAACUUUAUGCUCAGCGCCGUCGUCUCAAUGCCUGUCUGAUCCGUCUGUUAGAGGCCGACUGGCGCUGUGAGGAUAAACUACGGCACAAGUUUCACAUACUCUUUGGCGAGGACAGUGACGAUGAGUUCUCUGCCCAAAUAUCCAGUCCCUCUAUCGAUCUGGUGGAUGAAGUACUGCUGGCCAGCUGCAUCCUCCGCAUUCGGCCGUGGAUUGUGCGCAAUCUGAUGGCUGCGCUUCAGGAGCGUCUCAUUGCCAAUCGAUUUCUGUUCAAGAAACUAGCCAGGAUGAUGGCCUACCACAUUGUCAUGGCCAAUCCGUACUGUUCGGAGCAACAGGUCAAACAGGCGGUGGAGCAUCUCUUCUGCCUGUUACCGCGUGGAGUGCAGAACGCCUACGAUCUCGAAAGUUUGCCUCCCGUGGAGGUGGAAAGAUUUGAAGUGUGAGAAAUGCCAUGCCAUAAUCCAACUACUAGUCACAUAAAUUGUACAAAUUUGAUUACGAAUUUAGCCACUAUUAGCUGGAGAGGAAGCCAGAACACAAGUCAAUUAUUUUUCGUUUUUUGUGGUUUCUUUAAAUUAUUAUUAAUUCAAUGAUUACAAUAAUUUUCUUGCUGCACAUCUCUCCAUCCUGUUUUUUUUUUAUAAUUAUAUAAAUUUUAAUAUAU